GCUGGCUUGCGCACGCUGCAUGACAUUGGGCCUGAAAUCCGAAGAGCAAUCUCUGGAGAUCUGACGGCUGAGGAGGAGCUGGACAAGGCAAUGAAGGAGGCGGUGUCUGCUGCCUCUGAAGAUGACAUCUUCAGGAGGGCUGGUGGCCUGUUCGGCAACCACGUGAGCUACUACCAAAGUGACAGCCGAAGCACCUUCCCCCAGACUUUCACCACCCAGCGCCCUCUGCACAUCAACAAGACUGGUAACAACCAAGGCGACACUGAGUCUCCAUCCCACGAGAAACUGGUGGACUCCACUUUCACCCCCAGCAGCUACUCAUCCACUGGCUCCAAUGCCAACAUCAACAAUGCCAACAACACUGCCCUGGGCCGCUUCCCCCGCCCCGCUGGCUACCCCACCACAGUCAGCACCGUGGAGGGCCAUGGGCCUCCCUUGUCUCCUGCCAUACGGGUACAGGAGGCCGCAUGGAAGAUCAACUCCAAGAGGUGCCACUCCCGGGACAGCCAGUUAGCCAUGGUAUGUCAGGAGGAGGCGUCUCAGGAUGAGACCUAUGACGUGAGGAUGAAUGAAGACACCGAGUAUUGCAGUGAGCCCAGCCUGCUGUCCACAGACAUGCUGUCCUACCAAGAUGAUGAAAAUCGACAACUCGCACUCCCGGAGGAGGACAAGAAGGACAUCCGGCAAUCUCCAAAGAGGGGCUUCCUUCGCUCCGCCUCCCUAGGUCGAAGGGCUUCCUUCCAUCUGGAGUGUCUGAAGCGACAAAAGAAUCAAGGAGGAGACAUCUCCCAGAAGACAGUCCUGCCCUUGCAUCUGGUCCAUCACCAGGCGUUGGCAGUGGCGGGCCUGAGCCCCCUCCUCCAGAGAAGCCAUUCCCCCACCACGUUCCCCAGACCAUGUGCCACGCCCCCCGCCACGCCAGGCAGCCGGGGCUGGCCCCCACAGCCCAUCCCCACCCUUCGGCUGGAGGGGGCCGAAUCCAGUGAGAAACUCAACAGCAGCUUCCCAUCCAUCCACUGCAGCUCCUGGUCUGAGGAGACCACCCCCUGUGGUGGGGGCAGCAGUGCUGUCAGGAGAGCCAGGCCUGUCUCCCUCACGGUGCCCAGCCAGGCGGGGGCCCCCGGGAGACAGUUCCACGGCAGUGCCAGCAGCCUAGUGGAAGCGGUCUUGAUUUCCGAAGGACUGGGGCAGUUCGCUCAAGAUCCCAAGUUCAUCGAGGUCACCACCCAGGAGCUGGCGGACGCCUGCGACAUGACCAUCGAGGAGAUGGAGAACGCGGCCGACAACAUCCUCAGCGGGGGCGCGCAGCCGAGCCCCAACGGCACCCUCUUACCUUUCGUGACCUGCAGGGACCCGGGGCCGGCCCACGCGGGGGCCGAGGAGGACACGAGCUGCUCGCGCGCCGUGGGGCGGCGCCGGAGCGAGGAGGAGCUCCAGGACAGCAGGGUGUUCGUCAGCAGCCUGUAGUCGCGGGCUGGAGACGCGGGUUUUUUAUGUCUCAAUGUCCUAAUGGGUUCGUUUCAGAAGUGCCUCACUGUUCUCGUGACCUGGAGUUAACCGGAACAGCGUCUUCAUUCAU